AGAACUGGCAAAUAAGUCUCUUUGAUAUUUACUGGCGAAUGCUAGCUAUGGGAAUGCAGAAACGUAUGAGUUUACUAAUUCUUGCUUAUGCAAUAGGUUUUCUGGUAAAGUUGAAUUGCGGGAGCAGAGUUGGAAGCAAUUGGAAUCAGAGCUGCAACGAGAGGGACAAACAAGCUUUGCUAAGCUUUAAAGAAAGUCUCUCUGACGACACAAACUACUUGUCGUCAUGGGUUGGAGAUGAUUGUUGUGCAUGGCAUGGAAUUGGCUGCAACAAACAGACCGGCCAUGUCAUGAAACUUGAUCUGCAAAGUGGUUAUUUAAGAGGUGGCCACAUAAACCAUUCCUUGCGUAAUUUGAGAUAUUUGACUUACUUGGACCUGAGCAACAACAGUUUUCAUGGGAUACGAAUUCCAAAAUUCUUGGGGUCCUUUAAGGAUCUAACAUAUCUCAACCUCUCUCACUCCAACUUUAUAGGUUUAGUUCCUCAUCAAUUAGGGAACCUUUCGAGCUUAAAGUACCUUGAUUUAAAUGGUAAUUUCCUAUUAAGCAUCGAUAGCAUGGGGUGGUUUUCUAGGCUUUCUUUGUUGGAACACUUGGAUCUCUCUGAUAUGAAUCUUUCCAGGGCCACUGAUUGGUUUCCGGCCAUUAACAUGCUUCCCAAUUCAAUAUUAGUACUACGUUUGCACGAUUCUUUCCUACCCAACAAAAUGCCUCAUCAUCUCCCCGUUCUGAAUUUAACAUCUCUUGUUUUUCUGGAUCUUAGUUCCAACCAACUUAACUCUUCUUUCCCUUUAUGGGUUCUUAACAAUAGUGGUCUUGCACAUCUAAAUCUUCGGUUUAAUUUUUUCAGUGGUCUACUUCCUCAAUCUAUAGGAAGUUUAACAUCUCUUCUUGAACUUGAUCUCUCAGACAACGAUUUUAUAGGCCCAAUUCCUCACUCUAUCGGAAGUUUGACAUCUUUAAUCAAUCUUGGUCUACUUAGAAAUAGCUUAGAAGGUUUGAUUCCUAAAUCGAUUGGAAGUUUGACUUCCCUAUCUGAACUUGAUCUAUCUGGCCCUAGUUUUCAAGGUUUGAUCCCCGAAUCUAUAGGGACAAUGAGAUCUCUAACUAUUCUUGAUCUUUCAAGCAAUCAUUUGCAGGGUAAUAUUCCUCGGUCUCUUGGAAAUUUGACAUCAGUUCUUGAGCUAAAGCUUUCAUCCAAUUCUUUGUACGGUUUGAUCCCAGAAUCUCUUGGAACUUUGACAUCUCUUACUUAUCUUGAUCUUAGUGACAAUAAGUUGCAGGGUAUAAUUCCCCGGUCUAUUAGAAAUUUGACGUCACUUUCUAUACUUCUUCUUUCAAAUAAUAAACUAAGUGACUUUCCACUCGAGAUGGGAAAUUUUACGGAACUUCAAUACCUCAGUAUAAGCUCAAAUGCAUUUAGGGGUUCUCUGCCACAAACAUUUUGUCAGUCGUUAGAGUUGACAGCGUUGGAUGCCAGCGAUAAUCAACUGACUUCCAUUCCUAAAUGCAUCGGCCAGCUAUCAAAUUUAACAGAUUUGAGUCUUUUGUCUAAUUUGUGGGAGGGUUUUGUAUCUGAGCAUCAUUUUGUCAACCUCACGAGGCUGACCACCUUGGAAAUAUCUUCGGAAUCUAACUUAGUGUUGAAUAUUAGUUGCAAGUGGAUUCCUCCAUUUCAGCUUCAAUAUUUAUACAUGAAGUCCUUGAAAGUUGGGCCUAAAUUUCCCCAUUGGCUCCAAACACAGAGACAAAUAAGUGACAUUACAAUGGCAAAUACGAGCAUAUCAGAUAUCAUCCCAGCAGAUUGGUUUGUGAAUGUACUCUUAUCUCAGGCCUCUACUGUUGAUAUAUCUGACAACGACCUCAACGGGAAACAACUCUCAUUAGUUUCAGCAGCUCGAACACAUGGUUUGUCUGUCUUGGCACUAUCCAAUAACAGUUUGUCGGGUGAUAUACCUCAAUUUUUAUGCAGUCUAAAAUAUUUGACUGUUUUAGUUCUCUCCAGCAAUAACUUUUCAGGACCACUCCCCCGCUGUUUAGGAAACUUAAAAAAUUUGAAAGAACUUGAUGUGAUGAGUAAUAGUCUCUCUGGGGAUAUUCCUUCUUCUUUGGGUUCUCUACAGUUGCUCCUUUACUUAAACUUGCACAACAACAAGUUUCAAGGAAAACUCCCUCUGUCCUUUCAAAAUUUGACAUUUAUUGUCGCGCUUGAUGUGGGAAAUAACAAUUUGAGCGAUACCAUACCUCCUUGGACCGCAGAAAAAUUACCUGAUCUUGAGUAUUUGAUUCUGCGGUCCAACUAUUUUUAUGGUGAUAUUCCUGUACAGCUUUGCAACAAUUCAUACAUCAAAGUUUUAAACUUGGCACGAAAUCAAAUUACAGGAACCAUUCCUCCAUGUUUCAGUAAUUUCAGUGCCAUGAUUACUGGUGAAAACAAUGAUGACUAUUUUGACUUCGGGCUGGGGAAUGGUGAAGCGAUAUCAGAUGAUGCAAAAGGAUAUGAGCUGAAAUUUACAUCUACACUGCGUUUUAUGUUUUCCAUUGAUAUAUCAAAUAACAAUAUCAGUGGAGAGAUUCCAGAACAGUUGAUGGGACUCUAUAGCUUAUUAAAUUUGAAUUUAGCAGGGAAUCAUCUAACUGGAAGGAUCCCAGACAGAAUUGGAAAUUAAACUGGAAAAACUGGAAUUUCUUGAUCUUUCAAGGAACAAAUUUAGUGGUCCUAUUCCACAAAGUCUAGCGGAUUUAAUUUUUUUAAGCCGCUUGAACCUCUCCUUCAAUGAUUUAUCAGGGAAAAUACCAACUGGAAGCCAACUCCAGACCCUUGGAGUCAUUGAUCCCUCUAUCUAUGCUGGCAACAAUCAGCUCUGUGGGGAACCUAUCCUGAAACCCUGUAUUGGCGACACAGAAUCAAAUAAAUUCCAUGACCACAACGGAUCUGAUACUGAUUCAGAUGAAGAGCGCAUGUGGUUUAAAGCUGGGAUAGGACCUGGUCUCUUGGUUGGCUUUUUGGGAUUCUGCGCUUCUUUGCAUUUUAUCAAGUCUUGGAGGUAUUUUUACUUUCAUUAUGUCGAACAAGCGUUUGACAAGAUUGCAGUUUCCAUGAUUUUGUUGUGGAGAAGAUUCCUUAACUAACAGAAGAUGGUGCAAAUCUAUAUGUUGGUGCUCAGUCCCAAUUGCUCGAGGUUCCAUUCCAGUCUUUGCAGAAGCAUCUUUGCUGUGAUGCACAUUUGGAGUUUAGUCACAAAGUUAUUAUUAUCGUUAUUUCAAUAAACUUCAGUUUGAUGUUUGUGUUUAAACUUCUAAAAAUAUUUUAGAGUUUGUAAUUCAAAGUUCUGGUGUUUAAAGUUCAGACAUUGUUUUUGUGUUAGCAUUUCCAUGCAUUAUAUAAUUGUUUAGUAUUGUGUAGGC